AUGAGCUGCUCGGACGUGGCCAUGCAGCAGCCCGGCGCGGCGGCGUGCGGGGCGCCCCGCUAUCUGGCCGCGCCCGCGCAGAAGAAGUUAGCUGUGUACAACAAGAUGCAGGAGUCUCUGGAAGUGAGCCUUCCCAGCAAGCAAGAGGAGGAUGAGAAAGACCAGCCUGCCGAGAUGGAGUACCUGAACUCUCGCUGUGUCCUGUUCACUUACUUCCAGGGAGACAUUGGUUCCGUGGUGGAUGAACACUUCUCGAGAGCUUUGAGCCAAGCCAGUAGCUUCAAUUCAGAGACUGCCCUUUCCAAGAGCAAGGCAGGGCUGAAUCCUCUGUGGAGAGAAAGCUCCACGAUUUCAAGCCAAAGGAGCGGAUUCCCCACCUCCUUCUGGACCAGCUCUUACCAGCCUCCUCCUCCUCCCCCCUGCUUGAGCGGCGUGCACCCCGAUUUCCCCGUGACUGCACCAGGCACCUUCCCAGCAGCAGCAGCAGAUCCCAGCAGCUGGCCGGGACACGGCCUGCACCAGACUGCCCCGGCUCCUCCGCCGGCCGCCUCCGAGGCCUGGCCCUACCCCUUAGCGUCUCAGGUGAGCCCCUCGUACGCACACAUGCACGACGUGUACGUGCACCGCCACCACCCUCACCAUGCCCACGUGCACCACCACCACCACCAUCCUCACCAUCAUCCCCAGCACCGGGAGCCGCGCUACGGCUCGCUGCUGGUGCCCUCGGUGCGCGCCGCCGCCAGGAUCCCCGCGGCCCAGGCCGACGGGGCCAAGGCCGAGCCCGCCGCUGCCGCCGCCGGCGCUACCUCAGCCUGGGCCGGAGCCUUCCACGGAACCGUGGACAUCGUGCCCAGCUUUGGGUUUGAUACAGGUCUACAGCAUCAGGACAAGAGCAAGGAAACUGCUUGGUUCUGA